UAACAAACAAUCACAAGCUUUAUUAACCUUUAGACGUGUGUUUGGUAUGAAGGUCACAGUGCAGAUAGGAAUAGCCUCUUUACGAUUAUGCUGCUUACCAAAGGUUGCGGACUCCUUCCUCACAGCUGCAGUAACUCAGCAACAGAUUAAGAGUCAUUAUGCCUUGAUCCAAGUCCUGGAGUACUUGGGCUGCAUCCAAAGGAAUAUGGUCAGCAGGGCGAGGGAGGUGAUGCUGCCCCUCUGCUUUGUGCUGGUGAGACCUCACCUGGAGUGCUGUGUCCAGAUGGGGAGUCCUCAGUACAGGAGAGACAUGGACAUGCUGGAGCAUGCCCAGAGGAGGGCCACAAAAAUGAUCCAAGGGAUGGAGCACCUCUCCUAUGAGGACAGUCUGAGAGAGCUGGGGCUGUUCACCAUAGAGAAGGCUCCGGGGAGACCCAAGAGCAGCCUUUCAGUAUCUAAAGGGGAGCUGUACGAAAGAAUAGCACAGACUCUACAGCAGGCUCUGUUGUGACGGGACAAAGGGAAAUGGUUUCAAACUGAAAGAGGGGAGAUAAGAACAAGUUUUUUACAGUGAGGGUGUUGAGGCAGUGGCACAGGUUGCCCAGAAUGGUGGUGGAUGCCCUGAUCCUGGAGGCACUCAAGGCGAGGCUCAGAGCAAUGUGAUGUAACUGUAGGUGUCCCUGUUCACUGCAGGGGAGUUGGACCAGAUGGCCUUUAAGGAUCCCUUCCAACUCACAUGAGUCUGUGAUUCUACCUGCAACUGGGUGCACAAAAGGAUUCAGGCACUGAAAUCUGCAGCUGAACUAAUGGCAAUCCCUCAACCCAGGGGCAGGUAAAAGCUGUAGACACAUCAAUGCUUGGCAGUACAGUUUCCUAGAGACAAAAAAAAAACAAACCAAAACAAAAAAAACCCAUAGGCUUCAAGCACACCCAGGCAGACCCCGGGCUCUGCAGCACGGAGCAGGUGGGACUGUGUCUCCCAGCCUGAAGGAUGUGAGGAUGAAGUGUUUCUCUUUGGCUGCAGCCCAGGUGAGGCUCUCAGAAUAGGCCCUGCUUACGGGAAAAGCAAAGAACGGAGUCAUUGACAUUUCCCUUCCCGGGGCAGUGGGCACGGCCACGAGCUGCCGGAGUUCAAGGAGCAUUUGGACGUUGCUCACAGUCACAGGGUUUGACUUUGGGUGGUCCUGUGCGGAGCCCAGAGUUGGACUCGACGAGCCUUGUCGGUCGCUUCCAGUUCGGGAUAUUCUGCGAUUCUACGACCUCUGGCAGCUCCCGGCCGCUGAGGCAGGUCGCCUUCUCGCCCACCGCUUUCGCGCCCGUCCCAGAGGAGCGAAACGACGGAUGGCGCUGCCCACAGACCGACGGCGAGAACUCCCUCACAGCGCCGCCCUGUGCCAGCACCAUGGCGGCGGGGCCGGGACGCCGUCACUUCCUGGGCCGGGCCCGGCCCCCCGGGGCGCACCUGACUCACCUGGGCCGGCGGGAGGCGGCGGCGGCGGCGCGGCUGAGCGCGGAGCCGGGCGGCGGCCGAGGGGUAGCAUGGCGCGGGAGAGCGGCUCCCCGUGGGCCAUGGGGCUGCUGAAGACCUUCGAGGAGAGCGAGUUCGGCAGCUGGGAGAAGAUCGGCUCGGGGGGCUUCGGGCAGGUGUACAAGGUGCGCCACCUCCACUGGAAGACCUGGCUGGCCAUCAAGUGCUCGCCCAGCCUGCACGUGGACGAGAAGGAGCGUAUGGAGUUAUUGGAAGAAGCUAGGAAGAUGGAAAUGGCAAAAUUUCGCUACAUCCUUCCUGUUUAUGGCAUCUGUAAAGAGCCAGUUGGCUUGGUGAUGGAAUACAUGGAGACAGGAUCUCUGGAAAAGCUCCUGGCUUCCGAACCUCUCCCAUGGGAAUUGCGCUUCCGAAUCAUCCACGAGACAGCCGUGGGCAUGAACUUCCUGCACUGCAUGUCCCCUCCGCUGCUCCACCUGGACCUCAAGCCUGCCAACAUCCUGCUUGAUGCCCACUACCACGUCAAGAUUUCUGACUUUGGACUUGCAAAGUGCAAUGGCUUGUCACAUUCCCAUGACCUCAGUAUGGACGGCUUGUGUGGCACAAUUGCAUACCUUCCUCCGGAGCGCAUCAAGGAGAAGAACAGGUGUUUUGACACCAAACAUGAUGUGUACAGCUUUUCCAUUGUGAUUUGGGGAGUUCUUACGCAGAAGAAGCCUUUUGCAGAGGAAAACAACAUUUUACAUAUCAUGGUAAAAGUAGUUAAAGGCCACCGCCCAGAGCUACCUGCUGUUUCCAAAUCCAGGCCUCAUUCAUGUAAUAACUUGAUCAAACUGAUGCAAAAAUGUUGGCAAGAUGAUCCUGGUGAACGGCCAACAUUUCAAGAAAUUACUUCAGUAACAGAAACACUUUGUGAAAAACCAGAAGAUGAAACAAAGGAAAUGGUAGCUGAGGACCUGGACACCAAGAGUUCCCCAAAGCAGCGAUCUGAGGGGAUGUCUGCAUUAUCCCAGCCGAAGCAGGAGCCUGUUCUGGCAUCAGAUAAGGAUUACAGUCUGUCAGAAUUGUUGUCCCAGCUGGAUUCAGGGAUUUCACAGACUAUGGAAGGCCCUGAGGAUCUCAGCCGCAGCUCUUCUGAAUCCAAACUUGCUGCCAGCGACAAGCGGCUUUCAGGAGUUUCAUCUGUAGAUUCAGCUUUUUCAUCCAGAGGCUCCCUUUCCCUUUCCUUUGAAAGAGAGAGUUCAGAUAUAGGUACUACAGACAUACAGAAAAGGAAGCUAACAGAGGCCAUUUUAGCUGGAGACACAAGCAAGCUGAUGAAGAUCCUCCAGCCUCAAGACGUUGAUAUUGUUUUAGAUGGGAACUCCAGUCUUUUGCACUUAGCUGUUGAGGCUGGUCAAGAAGAAUGUGUCAAAUGGCUCCUCCUUUACAAUGCUAACCCAAACCUCACCAACAAGAAAGGAUCCACCCCUCUUCACAUAGCCAUUGAGAAGAAAAUCAAAAGCAUUGUGGAGCUGCUCAUGGCAAGGAAAAUCAAUGUUAAUGCCAAAGAUGAGGAUCAGUGGACUGCUCUUCACUUUGCUGCCCAAAAUGGGGAUGACUUCAGCACCAAAAUGCUGCUUGAUAAGAAUGCAUCCUUGAACGAGGUAGAUUUUGAAGGCAGAGCCCCCAUCCACAUAGCCUGUCAGUAUGGCCAAGAGAAUAUUGUGCGGAUUCUGCUGAGGAGAGGCGUUAAUGUGAAUAUCAAAGGAAAGGAUGACUGGGUGCCUCUGCACUAUGCUGCCUGGCAAGGUCAUCUUCCCAUCGUAAAGCUUCUGGCCAAACAGCCAGGUGCAAAUGUAAAUGUGCAGACCGUGGAUGGAAGGACCUCGCUACACUUGGCUGCUCAGCGAGGUCACUACCGUGUCGCUCGCCUUCUCAUAGACCUGGAGUCAGAUGUCAACGUACCGAAUGCGCUCUCGCAGACUGCUCUCCACAUAGCUGCUGAAACUGGCCACACAAGCACAUCCAGGCUGCUCCUUAAACAUGGUGCAGACAUUGAGGCAGUAACAGUGGAAGGAUGUACUGCUCUGCACUUGGCAUCUCGCAGCGGCCACUUAGCAACAACAAAGCUGCUGACGGAUGAAGGGGCCAACGUUCUUGCCAGAGGCCCAUUAAAUAGGACAGCGUUGCAUCUUGCUGCAGAAAAUGGGCACUCUGAAGUAGUAGAAGAACUUGUCAGUUCAGGAAACAUCAAUGUUUCUGACGACGAGGGGUUGACAGCUUUUCAUCUGGCUGCAAGAGGAGGGCACACAAAAACAGUUGAGGUUCUUCUAAAGCAUGGGGCACUCACUGACCUGCAAAGACCCACAUUUCAGACCCUGCUCCGGCUCACUCAGCAGAGCAGCAAUAGCUCAGUUACUGUGUUGUUAAGUGAGACUUAAUCAAAAGGUACAGUACUUGCUAUCUUUCUGCCUGGUGUGAGAAGGUUGCUGGAACUUGAUUCACGAGAGCCUUGUCCAGCUGUGCAGUGACCUGCUCACCAGCAGCGUCAGCAGAUGGACUGAGGGGUGGCCAGCAAGGAGCUACUCAUGUCUGAGGUUGUGAGAGAGGGAGCGCAUGGACUAAAGCCAAAUGCAAGGUUAAGAGCUGGAGCCCACCACACUGUGGUCUGGAUCAUCCACUCUGCGUGUGCCUGCCCCACCUGUAUAGUGAUAUUCCCCUCCCACAGAUUUUGUGAGAGUAGGAUUCAACUUGUGGGUUCCCCCUGCCUUUUUUUUUUUUUUUUUUGAAAAAACUAAUUUAAGAACUAAUAUUCUGAUUUUCCUCAGAAAAAGGAUGGAUUAUGUUCCUGGUUUAUUGCAAUGAUCUGUAUUUUGGGCUCGAAGCCUCCAAAGUAAGAUAAACCCAACACAAAUCUGCUGGAAAUGAACGCAAGAGAUGAAGAAAGAGCUAUACAAGAUACUGUUAAUCAUAAACCCUGGCUAAGUUUCAUUUUCAGAAGGUAUCCUGUUUAAUGGAGAUACACUGAUUACAGUUUUCCAUGUAAUCAAGAUGACUUGACAAGGAUCCCAAAAUUACGUGAGCAGAAGUAAAAGCUUAACACUGAUCUCUUCAUAUGCAGUACCAUCUUCUAUGCGUUUUAAGAUCAGUAAGCUGAACUAUGUUCUUAGUGGUUUCCCUUAAAAAGCCAGACAACAACAAAAAAAAUCAUACUGGACUGUAACUGGAUGGUAUAUUCUAACUGACAUCUAAAAAUGAUGUUUGUAGGGACAUGUUAGAGAUCCAUACCAGCCAUGCCACAGUACAUGUCCUGGGAGAAUGAACUGUGUGUUGCCUAGAUUGAUAUACUGUGUAUAUAGUAUUUCUACCUGUUGUAUGCUUUUUUUCUACUGAAGAAAAUAGAUUGUUUAGAGUGGGUAUGUUUUAAUACACCUUUUAAUUUCACUCUUGUAAAAGUUCCAAAGUGGCACAUUAUUAAUAAAAUACUGUGUUCCAUA